CACUGUACAGUGUGCAUGCAGUAGAGAACGUUGGGUGGUCAUUCGACAUGGAAUUCAAAUUACGUAUGGCACCGGGCGGAUUACGAUACGAAAAUCUAACGAGCCGCCAAAGGAGACGCGCGCGGUUCUUGCGCGGACUCCGCCGGCUGCAGUUGAUCGAAUGCGGGAAUCGAUUGGAGCUCGGAUUCUGUGAACACAGCAAAAGUGGCAGGCUGCUGCAGGUCGUACGAUCCGGAAAAGUGUGUCAGAAUUGUUUCGGCGCGUUUCUUGGACUCCCAGAUGUGGGCUGCAUGAGCGAAUCUUACAGUUACAGAGUAUCGAUCGCGUCGCGUUGAGAUGGAAGCGAUUGGCGAUGGGAAUUGGGAUUUCUAUCGUUCACGUGUGAACUCAUGCACGAAAUGUUGGUUUAGUCUGUUUGAUAGACGCAAGAAAGAGGGCAGUUUACAUUCCUUUGCGAUGAUGCACUUGAGUGUCAGUACAGGUUGGUUGAAACUCAUGUAAUCUUCGGAAGCCGAUCCGGCCGUAAGUCUGGAAAGAGCACUAUACCAAGAAGCUUGGAACACGGGGCUAAGGGAGGAAUGCGCGAAUUUGCAAUCGUCAGCCAAGUACAUCGUACAGAAGAUACUUCUUCGUGGACGAGUCGACGCGCAAGAGAGUACCGAAAAGGCGAACGAUGACAUCUAUUCAACGAGAACUUCUUGUCGAAACUCCGUCGAGGCAAGAACCGUCUACUCAACGACUUAUAAGGGCUGUGCCAGAUGAUAUUCGUUUUUCAGAAUCCGUGAUAUCGAGUCACUGCAGCUUGCCAUUCGAGGGUUUGACGUUGCAGGAGGCUGUUGAACUUGUUAGGAGCGGAGAAAUGGACAAAAGUGAUUUCCCCAUAAUGAAGGUACUCUCAGUAGAGAACCAACUCUGGUCUCUUGAUAACGAGACUUUGUGGGUCUUAAGAAAAGCCAGAGUGAUAUCGGUGAUUGUGAACAUAGUGGGUCUAUUUACAGAUCCCAUGAAAAGUCCGUUCUAUGUUGAGAAUUUGUACCCGCAUAUGUCACUCUAUCAGUUUUUUCCUCGAUUGAGGAGGCAGGACGAUGUCGAAACCUCGUCGAUAAACGACUGGAAGCUCGGCAUGGAUGCUCAACAUUCUUCACGAAGUCAUCCGCCCCUAAGGGAGUUGUAUACCAAGGUUCCAAAUCUCUGCAAGGAUUCGGCUGACUAUAACAUUGCCUCACAAGAGAAGCGAAGGAGAAAAUGUGCUUCAAGGUUGAUGGCGGCCCCAGUUGUAACUCCGAACGACUUUCAGACGUGCUCGGGCUGGGUAAGGAAAUCCACCGAUAAUGAUCGUGGCUUUGCAGAUGGCUACCAUAGAGUGGACUCAAAGGCUGCACGGGCGUCCUCCAUGGGUCAUCAGUUGUCUGGACGAAAUGUGUCCUCGCCGCUUAUGUCCAAUUCUGGUUAUUAUUCUUCACUGAGAAAUGGUUCAUCUAGUCAUCGAGGAGAGAAGAGGCCUUCGUACACGCUUUCAGGUGAACGACUGGCUGGACCCGCCUCUACUUCUGAUUAUCUACGUCCCAGACAGGAGUUAAUUUCGAUUUCUCCUGCAUCAGAUUUUCAGUCGUCAAAUAGGAUUGAUCGAUAUGUGCAUCCAGCAAAAAGGCAAGGUUUUGUUCCUUUCUCAAGUCGUCCAGAUUCGCUAUCAGCGUGUCCACCUUUGGGCCUGAAUUCCUUGUUCAACACUGGAUCCUCCGAAACGGACUCUCCUCCUCCUGGUCAACGAACUGAAGUGGAGUCACCACCUGAGACAUUCCCUUUUAUUCCUCUUGUGGAUGUUCCAAUUUCUGUACGAGGACCAUCUCAUUCACCUUGUGAUUCCCCUAGUUUGCAAUCUUCAUGCGGCAGCCGUCAUCAACGGACAACUACCUCUGAGCCGAUGCCUCAUCAGUCACCCUCUAAAGAAAUGAGUUUGUAUCCAGGAGUUUCCGAAUUUUCACCUCUUCUUUCAACACAUGAGAAGUUAUCUGGAACACCAAGCACUUCACUGAAGACCUCUACAGGAAUUGUUGAUGAAAUCAAACAGCCGACUACAACGGUGGUGAAGAGAAAGAGGGGAAGGCCACGAAAAGUACCAUUGCCGCAAGCACCAGCAUCCAUUCAUUCUGUUGUAGAAUGCCAAUCUUCUAGGUCGACGGAGAAAAGGAGAAGGAAAAAAGGGAGUGAUAGUGAUGACUCUGAUAGAGAUCAGGAAUUCAGGAUCCCGCCGCACGUGAAGAAAGUUUUGCCCCUAGAGAUCUUGCCUUUGCGACGAACCACUAGGUCGAGGUCUUCUGCCAGUAAUGUGGACAAGCAAGGAGAUGCAAGUUGCACAGAUUUCAAAAGUGAUGACUGUGGUGAAUCUCCUGAAAGGAUUGACGAAGGCAAGUUUGUGCUUGACGGUCAGGAGCAGAGCCAUUAUGGACAAUCUGGGGACAUUCACAAUGAAACUGAACAGAUGUUGGUAGUUGAGAAUUGGUUGGAAGGUGCAACAGAACCUUUCAAUGUAGAGAUAGGACCAUUCGAGAAUAACGAGCAACCAGCUUUAGAGACACAGCCUUCACAGUUGGGGUAUGCGAAUUCACAUGAGCAGCAAGAUCUUUUAGGUGCUAGUGAAAAGACUGGAGAGCUUGUUGUGUACACAUCCGAAAAGGAGGUGGCGCAUGACAGUAUUUGCAUGACAGCCUCAGGGGAGUUCGAUGAGAAAGGAGGCUAUCUUGACAAGAAAGACGAAUCACUACAGACUCUAAGCUCUGGAUCAGCUAUUGCAGAGACAGGAGAGAGAAGUAAUUAUGAUGAUGUGGGUCUACCUGGGCAGGUCGACAAAGCUGUUGGCGACAACGGAGUGCUUAGUGGAGUCUUACUAGGAACUCACUACAACGGAGAAGUUGUAAAGAGAAAGGAAGAAGAUACAGUCGUUGAGUGUAAUGAUGGGAUGACAAAAAAUUAUCCGAAGAGUAUUUGGAGACUCGAAAUUGGUCCUAAUGGCGAAAGUUUGAUAGUCUUCCCCGAUUGACCCAUCAGAGAUUUUGCUCUUUCCUAAGCUUUGGAGGGUUCUGCUUUCUAUUAUCAGUCAGUCUGGGACGAUGGUCUUGUACAUAAGCAGGCACUGAUUUCGUCAUUAAACGUCAAGAUGUGAGCGAGUGCUCCACGUAAGACAAUGAAAGACAGUAGACAGUAAUAACAAGUGUUUCACUUCUUUUCUUUUCUUUUCUUUGUGGCUUAUCAAGUAGGGAGCGAUAAGGGAGCGGGAAAACUGAUUAAUUUACUUGAUCUAAGAGUAGAAUGUGUUCCGGGUACCACUGCUAGCACGGGCCAGACAGUCGGAACAAGCGGAUCCAAGGAGAUCACAACAAUGGCAGUUUACAAGGGGGCCAAGUCAAGCUGAGUAUAUUCAUUGUGUUGUGUACAUAGGUGGAAGUCAAUACUACGUGUACAUUUGUACGGAAAUAUUCGACAUAGUUACCAGACGAGAUAAAGAAUCUUGAAUAUGAAAAAACAUUCUUUUUAUAAUCUGAAUACCCAUCGGGAACUAAAUGG